AUGGGAGAAUUCUCCCAUCGACUUAGUGCUGACUACAUGGAGCUGAUUGGUGGGUCUGGAGGCAGGCAUGGUCCUCACCUUCCUCCCUCUCCUCAGGUGUUCUCCAUUGUUGUCUUCGGCUCCAUUGUGAAUGAAGGUUACCUGAACCUCCCUGAGAAGGGGGAGGAGCACUGUAUCUUCAACCGCAACGACAAUGCUUGCAACUAUGGCAUCACCGUGGGCGUCCUUGCCUUCUUCAGCUGCCUUCUCUACCUGGCUUUGGAUGUCUAUUUCCCACAGAUCAGCAGCGUCAAGGACCGCAAGAAGGCAGUGCUCUCAGACAUCGGUGUCUCUGCCUUUUGGGCAUUCCUCUGGUUUGUUGGCUUCUGCUUCCUGACCAACCAGUGGCAAGUUUCAAAGCCAGAGAACAACCCGCUGAAUGAGGGGGUAGAUGCAGCCCGAGCAGCCAUCACCUUCUCUUUCUUCUCCAUCUUCACCUGGGUGGGCCAGGCGUUCCUGGCAUACCAGCGCUACCGGAUUGGUGCCGACUCGGCCCUCUUCUCCCAGGACUACAUGGACCCAAGCCAGGCAUCCGGCAUGCCUUAUGCCCCCUACCAGAAUGAGGAU